AUGGGCACUCCGCUGGUAACAUGGGCAUCAGCCCCUUAUGCCGCAGCAUUGCUUCUAUUCCUCAUCUCCUACUUCAUCAUAUACCCCUUCGUAGAAUACAUCCGAGAUCCUAAAGGUCUGCGAAGAUUCCCCAACUUCAGCCCCCUCUCUGGCAUGUCCAACGUUCCCUUCAUGAUACUGGCCCACUCGGGCGACCGGUCAAGGACCCUGGCCAAGCUGCACAAGGACCGGCCCAUCUUGCGCACCGGGCCCAACACACUCUCCUUCGGCACGGUGCGUGCCAUUAAGGACAUUUACGGCCACGGCACACCCUGCACCAAGGACUACUCGUACGAGCUCUUGGCGGGGACGCACAAACACCUGGCCGAUGUUAUAGACAAGCCCGACCACGCGCGCAAGCGCAAGGUGCUAUCGUCGGCGUACGCGCUCAAGAACCUCGAGAGCUGGGAGUUCAAGGUCGCCGACAAGGUGCAGCGCAUGCUCGGGCAGUUCGACCAGCGGUGCGCCCCGGCGCCGCCCAAGGAGGGCGUGCCUCCAGCGCCGGAGGAGCUCAACAUCGACUACCGCAUGUGGACCAACUUCUUCGCGCUCGACGCCAUCGCCGACAUCGGGCUGAGCGAGCGCCUCGGGUUCCUGGACCAGGGCACCGACCGCGUCGUCGCGCAGCGCAAGGACGGCUCCACGUACGAGACCGACCUGCGCCAGUGCCUCUACCCCACCGCGCGCAAGCAGUCGCUGCUCGUCUGGACGUACGACUGGUACAGGCUCGUGGACAGGCUGGCUGACGUGGUGCCCUUCUACCGGCGCAUGACCGAGUCGUCGCGCGGGUGGGACGACAUCAUCCUGGCGCGCGGCAACCGGCGGCUGGAGCGGUACCGCGCGGGCGAGAAGCUGGACGACUUCUUCCAGGCGCUGAUGGAGGACAAGGCCGGGUCGCCGAACCUGCUGGAGUGGGGCGAGAUCCUGGCCGAGGUCAACAUCAUGAUGAACGCCGGCAGCGUCACCACCGCUAUCGCCAUCGCUAACGCCACCUACCAGCUGCUCAAGCACCCGGAGUGCCUGCGCCGCCUGCGUGAGGAGCUCGACGCCGUCCUCGACCCGGACGAGGUCGUCGCCCCCUACGACAAGGUCAAGCACCUCCCCUACCUGCGCGCCUGCCUGGACGAGUCCCUACGCCUCUUCCCGCCUACACCCCACGGACUGCCUCGAGCCACCCCGCCCGAGGGCUCCAUGAUCAUGGGUGAGUGGAUCGCCGGCAACACUACCGUCAGCAUCUCCGCCAUGGUCGCCCACCGCGACGAGAGUGUCUUCUAUGAGCCUGAGAAGUACAUCCCCGAACGGUGGUUGGGAGAGAAGGGCAAGGAGUUACAGCCUUCCUUCAUAACCUUUUCCGCGGGAGCUAGAGGUUGUAUAGGGCGCAACAUCUCGUAUCUGGAGCAGGCAGUCUGUGUCGCGAGUGUUCUGCACAGAUAUGACAUGGCACUGGCGCCUGGAUUCGAGAUGAAGAGGCUGGAGACGAUGAACCAUAUCCUAGGGCCUAUGCCUGUGAAGAUGUGGAGGAGGCAACUGGAUGUCGAGCACGAGUGA